AUGUCUUCUGUCGUACUUCCAAAACUACUUUUCUUUUUUAUUUCAUUUGAAACAAGUAUGAGAGCAGUGAAGCUUUAUGGUCCUGCCGUUGCACUUGCAAUGCUUCCUGUUGCUUCGUCCUUAGCAAUAAGGAAGUUGUCAGCAGACAAUGAAUCCAUCAGCGAUGUUGCUGUAGAUAUGGCCAAUCCUAUGUACGCAACAAAAGCAAGCUUUGACCCUGCUGAGACGCAACUUAACCAUAUUCCGGAGAGUGAGAUUCCUUUUGACUUCAAGCUGGUUGGAUCGGAAAAUCAAGAUUGCUUAACCGUUCCAGCCUAUCGUCAAGAUCUGACCUUCACUGUGGGACCAGAAUCAAUUGCUUUUGGGGAGCACCCCAAAAUUGUUGAAAGAAAUGGCAAAUAUGUUCCUGUCUGUGUGACAAUUGUUUCUGACAGUAUCGUUCUUGGACCUGUAUCAACUGUAUCGGGGGACCACCCAAGACUUGUACAAAGAGACGGUUUGCCUACCCGUACCGCUAAUAGUGAUGAGGUUCAGAAUGGUCCAAAGAUUUUAAAGACCGUCCCUUUAUCGGAAGGUGAAGGUCCAACUCAUUUGUCAACGAUUUACUAUGAUACUGCAAGCAAAACAAGAAACGAGGUGAAGCCUUCCGCAACAUCUAUAAAAAAAUUUGCAGGCCCUAACCCAAUGAUUGCUAAAGCCGAAAUAACUGGUGGCUCUACUAUCAAAAUAGGUGACUAUGAUUUCAAUGCUUUGUUCGAAACACCACAAGCUAAGGCCGAAAAUGCAGAGCCCACGGUUCAAGCAACUGUCAAUGGUAAUGGUCAUGCUGAGGCCAAUGCCGCAAAUGGAAACAAAAGAGUCCUGACUCGUGCAGUCGGUGGAGCUGCCGCAACUACUUCUUCCACAAGCGCUCCCCUGACAAGUUACUAUGCUACUGUCUAUGGGGGAGCCACUGCUAAGGCCAAUUCUCUGUCACAAACAUAUGCCUCCUCUUACCCAAAUGGGCAGGCUAAUGUACUGUCAAGUACUUACGCUUCUGUAUAUGGGAGUAAUGGAGUGAGCAACUCACUGGAAAGUACCUAUGCUUCAGUAUAUGACAGCGCUUCAAACACAGUUUCAGCCAAUGGCAAUGAAGUUUCGGACCCUCCAAACCCUUCUGGACUUGAUGGUUCUGAUCUCACCGAAUACAUUACAUUCUCCAGCGCUGAAUCUUCUUUCUCUGCUAACAGAACUGUGAUCUUGGACUCGAAACCAACGUGUAACACUGUGGGUAACUUGUUCUCGGGCAUUUCAUCGAGAGAUCCUUCUGCCUUUUUCAAAGAAGAUUCACUUCCCUUGAACCUCCCAAGAGGUGUCAUGAAGGAUCUGAGUAUUCACACAAACAAAUUUUACAACAACUUGAUCUUGGGAGAACAAACCAACAUGGUAUGGACUUACCCUUACGGAUUCUACUGGGACAAGAGCUCUAAGCAUGGUUUUGCGGUUCAAUAUUCAAGUCCUUCCAGUAGAAUCAAUGGUAAGAAGAAUUCAAAUGGAGCUGUCAGCUCUUUCACUUACCCUACUCACAAGGGUGACCUUGUUUUUUCUGCCAGCGAAUUGCGUCAAAAUCAGAGCUACUUGACUGUGAAGGACAUGGAAGCCAUGUAUGUUGCAGUCCAAUUAUCUCCUGAGGGUUACAACAAAACCAACAAUAUUGAAUUUCCUCUCGUUGAAGGUAUGGGUUUUGCCACUGCAAUUUAUCACGGCAACAUGACUUUAAGAUUGUCUUCUGAGUUCACCAUCACAAGUUUGGUGCAAGAGAACGUGACUGCCAGAUCUACCGAAAUGCAAAAAUACAGAAUCAAUUUGAGCUCAGGUGCCCAAUGGAUUAUUUUCCUUUCAGGAAAAUUGUCCGGCUUUCAGCUUUCAAUGUAUAAUGGAAAUAUCGUGGCUUCAAGACCUGCGGAUGGAUUAGUUGUCCAAGCUGCAGUUGCGCCUAAGGAACGCAGAUUGGAUGCAUAUUAUCAGCUUUCUGCAGGUUCGUAUGUGACAGGUGCAGAUGUGAAAGGUUCCAUUGCAUGCCGCGAUGUUCAAUACUCAAUCUCAUAUACCACCGCAGGUUCUUCUCAUGCCAACGUUCCAAUCAUUUUCGCUUUGCCCCAUCACUUAGAAAACCUCAGCCAGUCUACAGCUAAAAGAUACACUGGUAUCAAUUUGUGGUCAACAACGAAGGGCGAAAUGAGAGGUCUUUUGACAAAUGUGCUUUCUUUCACCGAUACCGUUGACAUUAAUGUUCAAUUCUACCCUUACUUGCUGGGUACCGGAACUUCUCUUUCUUAUUCUCCUGAACAGAUCAAACAAAUUCGAGAUGUUGCAGUGGCAGAAUUAGAGGAUAUCGAUGUUGUUGCUACGAUUCUUCUGAUGGAAAGCACCUACUACAUCGGUAAAGUUCUCGAUAAGUACGCUUACAUGUUACUCGUUCUUAAGGACAUUGUUCAAGACCAUAAAUUGGCCGACUCUUUACUUGUUCAAUUGCAACUGUACUUUGCAGUCUUCGCCCUGAACGAAAUGCCGACUGAAUUUAUGUACGAUACAAAGUUUGGUGGAAUUACUCCAACAGCUAACAACGGUGGUGAUACAUCUGAAGAUUUCGGCACUGGAUAUUACAACAAUCACCAUGCUUACUAUGGUUACUACUUGCAUGCAGCGGCUGUGGUUGGAUACGUCGAUAAUCAGAACAAUGGUGAUUGGGUCGGCAAGAACAAGAAUUGGAUUAAUACUUUGGUCCGGGACGUUGCCAACCCAUCCACUGCUGACAGCUUCUUCCCUCAAUUCAGGUACUUUGAUUGGUUCCAUGGUCAUUCUUACGGCAGAGGAUUGUUUGAAAGUGCCAAUGGUAAAGAUGAGCAAUCUAGUUCAGAGGAUUACAACUUCUCAUAUGGAAUGAAAUUGUGGGGUAAGGUAAUUGGCGAUAAAGCUAUGGAAGCACGUGGUGACUUGAUGUUGAAGAUCCAAAGCAGAUCUAUCAACUCUUACAUUCUCUUGUCCGAUGACAACAAGGUUGAGCCAGCUGAUUAUAUUCCAAACAAGGUUGCUGGUAUUUACUCUGACAACGAAAUCGAGUACAACACUUACUUUGGUCUGAAUGUUUCAUAUAUUCAUGGUAUUCACAUGUUGCCUAUCACUCCCGCUUCUUCGUCGGUAAGAAGUGCCAAAUUCGUUGAAGAAGAGUGGACCCAAAUCCUUCUGAAAGCAAAUACUGGCUCUUCUGGAUGGAAUGGUAUCAUGGCUUUGAACCAAGCGAUCUAUGAUGGUAAAACUUCUUACGUUUUUUUCGCUUCCAAAAACUUCAAGCGCACCAAUCUCGACAGAGGCCAAAGUAGAACUUGGGCCUUGGCAUUCGCUGGAGGUGUUUCUCGCUUUUAA